UUAUCGAACUGUCACUUAACCACUAUAACAUAAGUUCACGUAAUUAGAAACUUUAAUUGUAGAGUAUAGGGAUUACAAUGAUAUGGCAACUUUUAGAAAGUGAAAAAUAGUAGAACAUGAGUGAAAACCAAAAUAAAAUUCGAGUCGGUUCACGAAAAAGUGAACUGGCUCUCGUUCAAACUAAAUAUGUUAUAUCCCUUCUCAAAGACUGUUUUCCUGAUAAGGAAUUCGAAAUAGUUACUAUGAACACUUUAGGGGAUACAGUUCUUGACAUAGCACUGCCAAAAAUUGGUGAAAAGUCGUUGUUCACUAAAGAAUUAGAGACUGCCUUGGCCUUAGGAACCGUGGAUUUCGUUGUGCAUUCCCUAAAGGACUUACCUACUUGUUUGCCCGAGGGUAUGGCAAUAGGAGCUGUAUUAAGCAGGGAAGAUCCGAGAGAUGCAUUAGUGCUGCAGAAAAACCUCAAAAGCUCUCUAAAUUUAUCAAAUUUGCCCGAGAACAGCGUGAUUGGCACGUCCAGUUUACGAAGAACUGCUCAAUUAGCGAAAAAUUACCCUCAUCUUAAAGUCGAGAACAUCCGCGGUAACCUUAACACCAGAUUGAAAAAACUCGACGACUUAGGAAAAUAUCAAGCCAUCAUAUUGGCCGCAGCUGGUUUAAUAAGAAUUGGUUGGAAAGAUAGAAUAUCGAAGGUUCUAUCGGAGGAUGAGUUGCUGUAUGCCGUGGGCCAAGGGGCCUUGGCUGUCGAAUGUAGAGCUGAUAAUAGUAACAUAAUAAAGCUUUUGGAGUCUCUGUAUCACUUGGAGACUGCUUUAAGGGUUACCGCAGAGAGGGCUUUUUUGAGGACACUAGGUGGCGGUUGCAGCGCACCAGUAGCUGUUUCUUCUCACCUCAAGGCAGUUGAAGAAAAUCAGUUUGACCUGGUUUUGAAGGGUGCUGUUUGGUCUCUAGAUGGAAAAGAAGAAAUAUUAGACACUGUUAAUACCACGAUUAAGGUCAAAACGGACUUGAGGUGCGCUUCGUGUCCUCGCAGAGACAAGUCUUUUCGAGAUAUCGAGAAUUUAGAUUGUGGAAAAUGCCAGGAGUACAACAACGGAGAACCAGUGGCAAAGAAGAUCAAAUUCGAUGAUAUACCUUCAGUAUUACUCAAAACCGAUCGUUGUCCCGUGCAAUUGCCGGUAGGCUCUGAUUUUAUGGCGAAGUGUCCUUACUUAGAGCAUCAAUUGGACGGAUCGUCUGAAAACCUCAAUUUAAAUAUGUCGCAGUGCCCUUUUUUGCUAAAUAAAAGCGCACACAUUCCGGAAACGAUAAUAGGAAAUUCUAGUAAAGAAUGUUUCGAUGAUGAUAAUUUAUUCUGCGGAUUGGUUUUGCAUAAACAGGCGACACUCGAAGGCAUGACAGCCGCCAAAGAGUUGGGCGUAAAAUUAGCGAAAAAACUAAUAGCUAAUGGUGCUCUAGAUAUUAUGAAGAAAGCUCAAGCUAUUGUUCACGGUAAAAGUAAUUAAAUUUAAGUUAUUAUGUAGUCUUCUGUUGGGGUUAGUUGUGUUUUGGUACUUUCGGAUAUUUUAUAAGUAUCGUUCUCUAUUUUUAAAUUUUAUAUUCUCCUGUUGGUUUUAAACAGGUGGAUGUGUAGCAAUUUGUUUUUAAGUGAAAUUUUAAACCUAUUUGAAAUGAUUUUGCAUUCUGCAUACAUUGUUAUAAAUAAAUUAUUUAACAUGUUUAA